AUGAGCAGCUCUGACUCGGUCGGGUCAUUGCUUGCGGCCAUUGCGACUCUUUUAUCCCAGGGAUUGCGAAUCCUCAGUUUGGCCGACAAGAGCCAUUGGGGACCGGACGAACACGAGCAAGUACACGCCUUUGCUUCUGCGUUGGACGAAGCCAAGAAGGACUUUCAAGCAUUGGCACCUUUGGUUAAUGGACAGAUAUACUACGAGACCGACCGCAAACAUGAAUCCAUCGAGGAAUUGAGAGCUCUCAAAGCUCAGUUUACAGCUCAUAUAGAACAAAUACGAGAUUGGAGCCGGUCAGGCGGUCCAAUCAACCCAAUAUGGGUCCGCGAAACACAUGCUUUACAGCGAAAAUUACACAGAGCACAAUGUCGAGCAGCACGUCGAAUUUAUAGCUCGGAAAAAGAAGGGUCGGCAAGGUGUUUGGGAGCUUUCCUUGUCUAUCGACAACAGCGACAAUGGACGUUAAAUAAGACCGUGCCAGACGAGGCCGAGUAUUCGAGAAGGUAUCGGGAGGAGCUACGCUUAUGCAAUACUAUUGGGUCGUUCAAGCGAUUUGGCGAUCGAGAUAUCGCUUUCGUUUGCGACUAUUGCGAUGGUCACAUAGUAUGGGAGGAUAUUGAGAAUAUGCCCUCGAUACGGACGUUCCAAGAAGCCGCUGCGUCUCCAAUAUUGACACUAUCACCAACAAUCGAUAACCCUCACUGGCAAGCAACAGCGUUCACAUUGUCUGGACAUCAAGAGAAGCAGGUUGUAUUUGCGCCCGUAGCCAUCGCAAAUCAUGUGGCGCCACAGCCUCGGGAUUGGCAGGCCGGCUUACUGUGUCCAUAUUGCGAAGUGGAAUCAACAGAACCUCAAGAGCAGUAUGAUGAUGAGGAUGCAUAUCGACCAGAUUUGGGGUACGAAGACAUGGAGGCGUUUCAGGAACAUCUUGAAUGGCAGCAUACAGUGACGGCGCCAACCUCUCAGGCACAGGCGGCUUCAGAUAAGUGCAUAGUGAUGUAG